UUUAUAUAUAUAUAAGAGUUUUGAUUGUAUAAUAAGAUUUCAAAUUAGAUUGUUUUUCAUUUUUCAACGGAACUUAACAGCAAACACCCCUUAGAUCCUAUCAUGCCUUACCCUAAAAGGAUCCUAGUGGAAGCAUCAUUCAAACGACAUCGUUUUCUCCAAAGGCAUGGAGUCAAGAAACAACCACGACUUAGCCGCCGGAUAUUCGUCGUCGUCCACGCCACCUCGGCGGUCAAUUUGCUCUAAUUGCAACCGUCCACAACCAGUCUGCCUCUGCAAAUUCCUUCCAUCUCCACCAAUCGCAACAAAAACAAAAAUCAUCAUACUACAACAUCCUCACGAAUCACAACACAAGCUCUCCACUACACCAAUCCUCACCAAAUGCCUCCUCAACGCAACCACCAUCGUCAAUCGCCGCCUCAAGCCCGGUCUCUCCAAACUCCUCGACCAAUCCCCUCACGCUGUCUUCCUUUUCCCGCCUACACCUCACUCCUCGCCGCCCAUCAACAUCUCGGAUCUAAACAUAACUGAAGAUCUGGUCCUAAUAGCGUUCGACGGAACGUGGAAACAUGCGAAGGAGAUGGUGCGAUCGAGCGAGGAGUAUCUGUCGAGGUUUGCGAGGAGAGUUUGUUUGGACAUCGAUGAGAGUGUUGAAGGCGGAAGCAUAUUUGAUUCGGAGUUGAUUCUGAGGAAGGAACCGCACGGCGGAUGUGUUAGUACGAUGGAGGCGGUGGCGAGGUGUUUGAGAGUGAUGGAGUUGGAUGGGGCGGCGGUUGAGGAGAAAUUGAUUGGGGUUUUGAGGGAAAUGGUUAGGUUACAAGCUGGGUUUUUGAAGCCCAUGAAUCCUAGGCCCAAAUUGCUUAAGAGUUUGAAGAAGCAAACGAGUGUGACGGAGGAUGAAAAUUAAAAAAGUUUUUUGAAUUUUUGUUUUCCCUUAGGUUUCAAUUACAAUUUUGUAUUUAUUCCUUUUUUUUUUUCCCCUUCCUAUUUACCCCUUAACAUAUUUUAGUCCGGAUUUUACUAUUUGGAAAUGUUUAAUGGAUUGAGUUUGCAAUGCAACAAAAAUUCAUAUUGGAUUGAAUA